AUGGCGGCCGUUGACCACCCCGUCACGAACCUCGACGAGGGAGUCCGGUACCUGACCCAAGACGAGAUCAACUCCUUUCUCGACGACCUUGACCACAACGGCGACGGCUACAUCGACUACGGCGAGGUCGAGGCCAAGCUUGACGCCGCCCACGACGCGCUCACCCCGCAAAACCAGUCCAAGCCGCACCACGUCAUCCGGAAGAAGGACCAGCCCCAGGACUUCUCGUCCAAGCAGCAAUCGCGCGACGAAAACCGCCUCCGCCAUGAGUUCCUCCGCACCAUCAUGGGGCUCCCCGGCUCCCACCCGGGCACCACCUCGGACCCGGCCGCCGAUGAGCGGAGCCGCUCGCACCGCAUUCCGCGCGCCGACUUCGCCUCCCGCGUCCGCGAGUGGAAGAUCCCCUCCCUGGAGCAGGACAAGGACUCGGAGGACUCGCAGAAGGACUACGUCCGCAAGCUCCUCCUGUCCCGCCGCCUGCGCGCCUACUGGGCCGUCCACGGGCCCGAGAUCGUCUUCCUGGCCCUCGUCGUCGGCUGCACCCUCGCAUUCGGCGUCUGGCAGUGCGUUAAGUACGUCACCCAGACCCGGUACCGCGCCGCCUUCGGCUGGGGCGUCGUCAUGGCCAAGACGGCCGCCGGCAUGCUGUACAUGACCUUCUUCUUCCUCCUGCUCAGCAUGUCGCGCUACUUCUCCACCUGGAUGCGCCGCUCCUACUACGUCUCGCGCUUCGCCAACUGGGACCUCAGCCAGUCUUUCCACAUCAAGAUCUCCAUCGUCGCCCUGGCCUUCGCGACGCUGCACGCCAUCGGCCACCUGACAGGCUCCUUCUACCACGGCAGCCGGCCCGCGAACCAGGACCGCGUCGCCGAGGUCCUUGGCCCGGACAUGGUGCCGCGCCCCUACGUCGGCUAUGUCCGCACCCUACCCGGGUCCACGGGCAUCGCCGCGCUCGGCUCCUUCUAUAUCCUCGCGCUUCUGAGCCUGCCCAAGGUGCGCAGAUGGAACUACGAGGUCUUCCAGCUCGGCCACCUGCUCAUGUACCCCAUCAUCGGCCUCAUGAUGGCCCACGGCACGGCGCACCUGAUGCAGUGGCCCAUGUUCGGCUACUUCCUCGCCUUCCCAACGCUGCUCAUCCUCGCCGAGCGCGCCGUCCGCGUUGGUACGGGCUUCCACAAGAUCAAGGCGACCCUCAGGGUGCUCGACGGCGAGACGGUCGAGAUCACGGCCACGAUCCCGAGCGAGCGCAUCUGGAAGUACCAGGCCGGCCAGUACGUCUUCCUGCAGGUGCCGGCACUCAGCACCUUCCAGUGGCACCCUUUCACCGUCUCCAUCUGCCGGGGCAGGGAAUUCCAGCUGCACAUCAAGACGGACGGCAACUGGACGAAGCGGCUGCGCGGGCUCGGCGGAGACUCGGGGACCGCCGAGAUCGACGUGGGCAUUAACGGCCCCUUUGGCGCGCCGGCCCAGCGCUUCUACGACUUUAGCCACACCAUCAUCGUCGGGUCGGGCAUCGGCGUGACCCCCUUCUCGGGUAUCCUCGCGGACCUUCAGGCCCGCGACGACGAGGAGCAUGGCGGCCCGACGCACGACCACGGCCACGCUUCUCAGCAUCAGCACCGCCACGACUCGGAGACGACCGUCACGGCGGAGAAGAAGCCGGCCGACAGCCCAGAGAGGAAGGACUCAAAGGCGACGGCAGCCCCCGACGCUAACGACCCCAACAAGGCGCCCAACCCCUCAGAGGCCUUCGCCUUCGCGGCCGACUACCGCCGCGUCGACUUCCACUGGACCGUCCGGGACCGUAACUACCUCCUCUGGAUCGCCGACCUGCUCAACUCGGUCUCGCGCAGCCAGGACUGGCACCGCCGGCACGAGGGCGCCGACCAGCACCUCGACAUCCGCAUCGCGACGCACGUCACCCAGAAGCGCCGCAACAUCGUCACCCACGUGUACCGCUGGCUGCUCGAGAUGCACCGCACCGACGAGCACCCGGAGAGCCCGCUGACUGGGCUGCUGAACCCCACGCAAUUUGGCCGGCCUGACUUUGACGACAUCCUCGACCGGCACUACGAGGACAUGCGGCGGUUCCGGGCGAGCAAGCGGGCCAGCAUGAACGCAGGCGCCAUCGGAAGCGGCCUCAACGGCAGGGAGGAGGAGGAGGAGAAAAAGAAGAAGACCGGUGACGGGGGCCGGGCCGACGCUGACGCCGAUAGCAUCACCGUGGUGGAGGAGGAGGAGGAGGAGCUCAAGGUGGGCGUGUUCUACUGUGGCGCGCCGGUCGUCGGGGAGAUCCUGGCGGACAAGUGCCGGCAGCUCUCGGUGCGGGGUCGGCAGGACGGAAGCAAGAUCGAAUACCACUUCAUGAAAGAGGUUUUUGGGUAA